AUGCUAUCAAGUUCAAGGUUUAUAUUGUUUGCCCAACGUACUAUUGUACUUAAGGCCAAGAAUGUCUCCGAAGCGUUUGAGCGGUACACUGAAAUUGAAAACACCAACGCUAACCGAAUUAGGACUCUGAAGGAAGCUGGAUUAUUCAAUGAUGAAUGGAUCGCAACAGAAAAGGUGCAUGGCGCCAAUUUUGGUAUUUACUCCUUGGACAGCGGGAAGACCGUUUGCUAUGCGAAACGAAGUGGUAUCAUGUCGCCAAACGAACACUUCUUUGGCUACCACGUCCUCAUACCGGAUUUGAAGCGGUACGCCGGUGAGGUACGCGCGCUUCUCUCGCAAAAGUUAGGCUACUCCCCCAACGCCGUGCUCCUGAAUGGGGAGCUAUUUGGCGGCAAAUAUGAUCACCCCAACGUUCCCAAGAUUCGGAAAACGGUCAUGGUCGGAGGGCGGUCUCGCACGAUUAGCGCGGUCCAGACGGACACUUUCCCCCAAUACAGCCCCGACCUUCACUUCUAUGCCUUUGAUUUAAAGUACAAAGAGGCCGAUUCGGGCGACUACCGCACCCUCACCUACGACGAAGGGUUGGAGAUUUUCGAGAAGGUUCCGGGGCUGCUCUACGCGCGGGCUAUUAUCCGCGGCCCGAUGUCGAAGGUCGCCGCCUUUGAUGUGGAGAACUUCCAGACGACCAUCCCCCCACAGGUUGGGAUGGGGAACUUUCCGUUAAAAGGAAACUGGGCGGAAGGGCUGGUGGUGAAGCACAGCAAGCGUGGGAUGCCGGGGUUCGACCCGAAGGGGCUCACCAUUCUCAAGUUCAAGUGCACCGCUUUCCAGGAAAUCUCAAUCGACCCUCGGCAGGGCCCUCGUGUGGAUGAGAUGGAGGGCAUCCGGGAGGCUUCCAUCGCCACUUCGGGCGUGCAGCUGCCCGAGAUCGAGAGUGUUAUUCGCGAUCCGGAGCUGCUAGAGGCGUCUAAGCACCUCCUCAAUCAUAUCUGCACGAAUCGGCUGAACAACGUGGUUUCGAAGGUUGGCACGGAUCCAUUUGAAACGGGUUCGAUGACGCCGAAUGACCUUGCCACGCUUUUGGCGGAGGACGCGCUGAAGGAUUUUUUGAAGGAAGCGAGCCCCAACGUGGUGGCGGCCCCCAUUAUUACCCGUAGAGAUAUGACCAAAUACGUUGUGUUUGAGGCCAGAAAAUUUGUUCACACGUCGUGGAAGGAGAUUAUCUCGCGGCAAAAAGAGCUAGAGGGAUAG